AUGGGUGACGCUUCGGCCACCAACAUCAAGGUGGUGUGUCGCUUCCGGCCGCUCAACAGCGCCGAGCUGGCCCGGGGCGACAAGUACAUCCCCAAGUUCCAGGGGGACGACUGCGUGGUGAUGGGGGGUAAACCGUUCUACUUCGACCAAGUGUUCCGCUCCAACACCACACAGGUGGAGUUUUACAACGCUGUGGCUCAGAAGAUCGUCAAAGAUGUCCUGGAGGGUUAUAAUGGAACCAUAUUUGCUUAUGGACAGACCUCCUCAGGAAAAACACACACUAUGGAGGGGAAGCUCCAUGACCCUGAGAUGAUGGGCAUCAUCCCCAGGAUCGUGCAGGACAUCUUCAACCACAUCUACUCUAUGGACGAGAACCUGGAGUUCCACAUUAAGGUGUCCUACUUUGAGAUCUACCUGGACAAAAUCAAAGACCUGCUGGACAUAACAAAGACCAACCUGUCUGUGCACGAGGACAAGAACAGAGUCCCGUAUGUGAAGGGCAGCACUGAGCGCUUCGUGUGCACUCCAGAGGAGGUCAUGGAAGCCAUAGAUGAAGGCAAGAGCAACCGCCACGUGGCCUUCACAAACAUGAAUGCAGACAGCUCCAGGAGCCACAGCAUCUUCAUCAUCAACAUCAAACAGGAGAACACUCAAACAGACCAGAAGAUGACUGGGAAGCUCUACCUGGUGGAUCUGGCAGGGAGCGAGAAGGUGGGGAAGACGGGGGCAGAGGGCACGGUUCUGGACGAGGCCAAAAUGAUCAACAAGUCUCUGUCUGCUCUGGGCAACGUCAUCUCUGCUCUGGCUGAGGGCUCGACCUAUGUCCCGUACAGAGACAGUAAGAUGACGAGGAUCCUGCAGGACUCUCUGGGGGGAAACUGUCGCACCACCAUGGUGAUCUGUUGCUCCCCUUCAGAGUUCAACGAUGUGGAGACCCGCUCCACCCUGCUCUUUGGACAGAGAGCAAAGACCAUCAAGAACAACGUGAGCCUGAACGUGGAGCUGACGGCCGAGCAGUGGAAGAAGAAGUGGGAAAAGGAGAAGGACAAGAACAAGACCCUGAGGAGAACCGUGAGCGGGCUGGAGGCGGAGCUGGCCCGCUGGAGGAAAGGUGAGACGGUGUCGGUGGAGGAGCAGUUUGACAAAGAGAAGGCCAGUGCAGAGGUGCAGGCUCUGGACAUGGCCCCUAACAAUGACAAGGCGGCCCCCAGCGCGGCCCCCAGCGCGGCCCCCAGCGCGGCCCCUGGAGCUCCAGGGAACAAGCUCACAGACGCAGAGAAGGAGAAGUACGAGGCAGAACUGGCCAAACUCUACAAGGAGAUGGACGACAAGGAUGAGGAGAUCAACCAGCAGUCUCAGCUGUUGGAGAAGCUGAAGGAGCAGAUGUUGGACCAGGAGGAGCUGCUGACGUCCUCGCGCCGAGACCAUGACACUCUGCAGACGGAGCUGAACAGACUGUUAGCGGAGAACGAGGCGUCAAAGGAGGAGGUGAAGGAGGUGCUGCAGGCCCUGGAGGAGCUGGCAGUGAACUAUGACCAGAAGAGCCAGGAGGUGGAGAUCAAGACCAGGGAGUUUGAGGCUCUGAGUGAGGAGCUCAACCAGAAGUCUAGCUCCCUGGCCUCCAUCGACUCAGAGCUGCAGAAGCUCAAGGAGAUGACCAACCACCAGAAGAAGAGGGUCACAGAGAUGAUGGCCUCCUUGCUCAAAGACCUGGCUGAGAUCGGCAUCGCAGUGGGCAGCAACGACAUCAAGGUGCAACAGGAGAGCAGUGGGCUGAUAGACGAGGAGUUCACCAUGGUGCGGCUCUACAUCAGUAAGAUGAAGUCUGAGGUGAAGAGCACGGUGAAGCGCAGCAAGCAGCUGGAGAGCUCCCAGGCCGAGAGCAUCCAGAAGGCCAAGGACACCGAGAGGGAGCUGACCGCCUGUCAACUGCGCAUCUCCCAGCAAGAGGCCAAGAUAAAGACGGUGUCAGAGAACCUCCAGAAUGUGGAGCAGAAGAAGAGGGAGCUGGAGGAGACAGUGGACUCUCUGAACGAGGAGAUAGUGCGUCUCAAAGCCCAGGGAGAGAUCAGCCUGGCCCACGGACUGUCAGAGAAAGUCAACGCCAUAGACAAGGAGAACGAGAGCCACUCUGACAACCAGUCUGUAACAAAGCCCACAUUAAGAGCCUUCUCCUUUAAGGAUGCAGUAGAGAGGCAGAUCCGCUCACACAGAGAGGCCCAUAAGGAGCAGAUCAGUAAACUGAGGAAUGAGCUGGACAGCAAGGACAAGCUCAUCGCAGACAUCCAAGAGCUGAACCAGAAGAUCACACUGGAGCAGGAGACCCUCAAAGUGGAGCAUGAGAAGCUGAAGGCAGCAGACCAGGAGAAGAGCCAGCAGCUCCAGGAGCUGCAAGCUCUGCAGGACAGAAGGGAACAGGCCAGACAGGACCUCAAGGGCCUGGAGGAGACUGUGGCCCGGGAGCUGCAGACCCUGCACAGUCUGAGGAGGCUCUUCGUCCAGGACCUGUCCUCCAGAGUGAGAAAGAAUUCUAAACUGGACUGUGACGACCCGGACAGCAGUGCUGCUCAGAGGCAGAAGAUCCACUUCCUGGAGAACAACCUGGAGCAGCUGACCAAAGUCCACAAGCAGCUGCUCCGGGACAAUGCAGACCUGCGCUGUGAGAUCCCCAAACUGGAGAAGCGUUUCCGGGCCACCAUCGAGCGCGUCAAGGCCCUGGAGGCCGCUCUGAAGGAGGCCAAAGAGAACGCCGCCAAGGACCGCCAGCGCCACCUACAGGAGAUGGAGCGCAUUAAAGAGGCGGCUGUCAAACCCAAGAACAUGGGCCGGAGAGCUUCUAUAGCCAAACCCAUCCGCCCAGGUCAGCUGCCAGGAGUCGCACCCAGCCCCAGUAUGACCCGCCCCAACCUGCUCAAGGCCGGAAACAGGCAAGAACACGCCUCCUACAGUUCUUUUCUUCUCUAG